UCUACAAUUCAACAUACUUAGAACAUGAAUGUGUUUUCUCUGCACAUGUUUCUUAUGAAUCGGGUUACGUGAACGAGAACAUCGGUAGACGCACGAUGGCGCACAGACGCACUGCACAGACACAUACAAUACAACUUCUUUAAAUGGAGGACCGAGCUCAGAGUGUACCUUUGACUUAGAUGAUACUGUCGCAUGAUCACAUUGCGGGUGAGAAGCGCAGCAGCACCUGACAGUCUAACAUGCAUAAAGACUGGUUUAUUGGACACCAAAGAAUUUCCCCCUCAAAAUCUGAGCAGCAGGACUUGUCAAGUUCCUCCAGCACUGCCCCCAGACCCAGCAUGACGAUCAACUUGACUCAAAUGCUACGUGCAGAAAAACCCAAUGCUGAGAGAACACCAGUGCCAAUACGUCCCCCAAGCAGAACCACUGUGCCAAGGAAACAUGACCCUCACCUCAGCCUUUCCUGUGAACCCACGCCAAAACCUAUCAUCCGCCGGUCACACUCUCUGCCUCCCUCCUCUGAGAAGAAGACACAGUGUAAAAAUGUAGGCGUGAGGUUUGUUGACUCUUUGGGCCUUGAUUUGGAAGAUGUUCGACUUUUUAAAAAGGGAGAUGACCCCUCGGUACCCCCUCAUGUAACUUUUAGGUUACUUAUGGGUGCUGAGUUGGCAGAUGGAAAGCAUUUAGAAAUCUCCUUACCAUAUUUAAAACCAGUGUUUGAUCAGCAACCGGGUGACGAUCCACAUUUUCUCCAUCGCCUAGAACAGCAGAAAGUCUGUUUAGAUAGAGUAAUGUGUUUUGAACUUGGCAUUAUUGGGGAUGCUCAGGUUCUCAACUUAAACUUUGAGAAAGAAGUCAUUGCUCGCUAUUCAUUUACUGAGUGGAAAAGCAGCACUGAAACUCAGGCGACUUGGGUGUCAUCUAUCACCAAAAUGUUAGAACGAGGGGGGCAGUUAAGUUGUGAUACAUUUCGCUUCCACUUGCCUGUUCCUCCGUUCCUUCAGCCUGGUGCUGUGUUGGAGUUUGCCCUCCGAUACAAAGUCUGCGGUCGUGAAUACUGGGACAACAAUAAUGGGAAGAAUUACAAAUUAGUUUGUGAGAAUUAUAAACUGUCAGUGCCCCGAGAGUGUGAGGAUAGCAUGGUACACUUCAUUUAAGAUGCUGAUUGAAGUAGCAAAACAAAAAAGCACUAUCUUAGCGCACUUUAAGGCCAAAAAUUUAAUGACUGUUUCCUUCAUAUUUUUUAUAAUUGAAUUGUAGCACAUGAUUAUUAUGCCUUCAUUUGUUUGAUGUUUUUAUAUUGCUGCCAUUUUGCACUAAAUGUGAUCAGCCACUACUAUACUCAUUUAAGCUCAGUUUCUCACCAAAAGGGCCCUGAACAGUGACAGUAAAAUCAAGCUUAAAUGCAAUAAUUGAAUCUGUGGCACUCAAACCAUAUUUCACAGUGUUAAUAUGCCUAAUACAUUGUUAUUCGUGUUCACAUUUGCUUAAAAUAAAAC